AUGUUCAUCCUGACCAAAUUCUCCGAUCUGGUGCAGAUCUCACCCGAGGACUUUUCGAAGCACAGCAUUGUAGCAAUCGAGGACAAUAUCAAUGCCAAAUACGCAAACAAGGUCGUUCAAAAAAUUGGACUGUGCAUCUCCCUGUAUGAUGUCUUAUGGACGUCUGAAGGCUUGAUAGGCCACGGCACAGGUCUUGUCAAUGUCAAUGUCGAGUUUCGCAUGAUAGUAUUCAGACCUUUCAAAGGAGAGGUCAUGCUUGGCAGGAUACGCAGUUCAACACCUUCCGGAAUCCAUCUGAGAACAGACUUCUUCGACGACAUCUUUAUCCCAUACGAAGAGCUUCCGCAGGGGGCUGAAUACAAUCACAGCGAACAGAUUUGGAUAUGGAACUUUGAUGAAGAGCGCCUGUUUUACGACAAUCACGAAAUGGUCCGUUUCCAGGUCAUCGACGAAGAAUGGCACGACCAGACUCCAGCCGGCCCCAGUCAAGCAGAAGACACACCAGCAAAGACGCCUUAUAAGAUCAAAGGCAGCAUGGCUGCUGAGGGUCUUGGUGUGUGUCUAUGGUGGGAUGGUGCCUGA